AAUCAUCGACCAGGCACCCGCUCAAACGACUCCCUGAAAGAAGAAAAAGAUCAAACAUAGCAGGCGCCGCUUACAAACAACACAAUACUGGAGGAAGAGCCACUUACGUAAGUAGAGUCCUCAGGCAAAAACCAAGCAUGGCGAUUGAGUGUCUCGUUCUGGGUGCUGGGCAAGAAGUAGGGAAGAGCUGCGUGGUGGUGACUAUCAAUGGCAAGAAGAUUAUGUUUGACUGCGGCAUGCACAUGGGCUACGACGAUAAACGUCGAUACCCCAAUUUUUCCCUCAUCUCUAAAUCCCGUGAUUUUGAUAACGCCAUUACUUGCAUCAUCAUCACUCACUUUCAUUUGGACCACGUUGGAGCGCUUCCUUACUUCACUGAAGUUUGCGGGUACCGGGGUCCGAUUUACAUGACUUACCCAACGAAAGCAUUGGCUCCGCUGAUGCUGGAGGAUUAUCGGAAAGUAAUGGUGGACAGAAGGGGUGAGGAGGAAACAUUCACUUCUGAUCAUAUUGCAGAAUGUAUGAGGAAAGUUAUAGCUGUAGAUGUGAAGCAGACUGUGCAGGUUGAUAAAGAUCUUCAAAUUCGUGCCUACUAUGCAGGCCAUGUUCUUGGGGCUGCAAUGUUUUAUGCAAAGGUUGGGGACGCAUCUAUGGUGUACACAGGAGAUUAUAAUAUGACACCAGACAGACAUCUGGGGGCAGCUCAAAUUGAUCGACUUCAGCUCGACCUUCUUAUUUCAGAGUCCACAUAUGCAACAACAAUACGAGAUUCAAAAUAUGCCCGGGAGAGAGAAUUUCUUAAGGCUGUUCAUAAAUGUGUUGCUGGUGGAGGAAAGGUGCUUAUACCUACAUUUGCUCUUGGAAGAGCUCAGGAACUCUGUAUGUUGUUGGAUGAUUACUGGGAGCGCAUGAAUCUACAGGUUCCUAUUUACUUCUCAGCAGGUUUGACAAUCCAAGCCAAUAUGUACUAUAAAAUGCUUAUUAGUUGGACAAGUCAGAAUGUUAAAGAGACAUCAUCUGGACGUCAUGCAUUUGAUUUUAAAAAUGUUCGUGAUUUUGACCGUUCAAUAAUAAAUACUCCUGGACCUUGUGUUCUGUUUGCCACACCUGGGAUGAUUAGCGGUGGUUUUUCACUUCAGGUUUUCAAGCAGUGGGCUCCUUCUGAGAUGAAUCUUGUUACAUUGCCUGGGUAUUGUGUGGCUGGAACCAUAGGGCAUAAGUUAAUGUCAGGAAAACCUACCAAAAUUGAUCUUGACAAGGACAAUCAGAUUGAUGUGCGAUGCAAGAUUCAUCAGUUAUCUUUCAGCCCUCAUACAGAUUCAAAAGGAAUUAUGGAUCUCAUCAAAUUUCUCUCCCCGAAGCAUGUGAUGCUUGUACAUGGUGAAAAGCCUAAGAUAGCUUCUCUCAAGGGAAAAAUUAUGUCUGAAUUGGGAAUUCAAUGUUAUGAUCCUGCUAAUGGACAAACUGUGUGCAUUCCAUCAACACACUGUGUGAAAGCAAGUGCUUCAGACAUGUUCAUUAGGAGUUGCUCAAACCCGAACUUCAAGUUCUCUAAGAACGAUUUGGAAAAUAGAACUGAUAUACAAAGGUUACAGGUAACUGAUGAUAGAGUUGGUGAAGGAAUUCUGGUUAUGGAAAAAUGUAAGAAGGCAAAGAUUGUUCACAAAGACGAACUUUUGUUCUUGUUGGGAGAGAAAGAGCACGUCACUCAGUUCAUGUACUGCUGCCCUGUCGAUGUUUACGGGUGGCAAAAAGAUGAGAGCAUAAAUUUUUCAUCAACAGGUAUUGUUCUUGAUCUGCAGGACAAAAGCUUUUUGAUUCAGCAGUUGUUAGUGAGACUUUCAACUGAACUUUCUGGAGAGACCAUCCAAGAUUUUGGCGAACAUCUUCAAGUGGAAUCAUUCCGAGUCUCCCCGUGUUUGAAGGAAACUUGCCCAUACCGGAUAGCUGAUAAACUUCAAAAUGAAUCGAGAACAGUUUUCUUUUGUUGCACGUGGUCAGUGGCAGACGAGAAGCUUGCUUGGAGAACAAUUUCAAUUAUGAAGAAUCUGGACUUAUGCUGUACAACGUAAAUGACCUUCUUCCCGGAUGCAGCUCUGAGUCCAACAAACUCAUUGACUUCGUGCUGAAAAAACAAUUUUACCAGAGAAAUCUCAUAUGAUCAUUUGGCUGCCAUGUUUGCAAAAGGGAAUCAGCAAUCAUUAGGGUGCGGAUUCAUGACCUACCUGCAUGAUUUUGUAGGUUGAAUUCUUACAAUGGUAAAAUUCAAUUCCAUAAGAGCUUUGCUGUUUGUAACAUUAACCGUGUACAUGACAUGCAAAUGACUAAAUUAAGAUUCUUUUUCCAGGGUAAUCCAUGGACUUAUGGAGAGUUGAAA